AUGUUGGGAGGCUGGAAUGAGGUUUGUAAAGCUGGUAAAUUCAGUAUUAAGCAAGCUUAUAAGCUCCUUCAGGGUGUCCAGCAGCAUGUUCCUUGGAGAAGGCUUAUUUGCAACAACCAUGCCUCACCAAAGAGCAAGUUUAUUGUUUGGCUAGCUAUCCAAAAUAGAUUGGCUACCACUGACAGACUUAUUAAUUGGAAUGUUUCUUGCAGAGCUACUUGCAGUUUAUGUGAUAGAGAGGAUGAAAGUGUUCAACACUUAUUCUUUGCGUGUGUUUAUGCUGCUAGUAUCUGGAGAAGGGUGUGUCAGAUCAUCAGUGCUACAAGUUCAGGCAGUACUUUUGAUCAGGAGUGUGCCAUAGCUAUUGCUAAAGCUAGAGGAAGCACUAGACAGGCAAGGAUUUAUACAAUGUGCUUCAGUGAAACCAUUUAUGCUGUGUGGAGUCAAAGAAACAACAAAAUUUUCAAUGGCAAGUGCUUAGAUUGUAGUCAGGUCCUUGAGUAUCGUGGUGAACAGGUGAGGUGCAGUGUUGGUGAUUUGAGAGAGGCACAGUAUCAUGUAGAUAGAAAAGAUUGCUAA